AUGACUGACCGGGUUCUCAAGGCUGUUUCUCCUGAGGAGGAGGAGGAGGAGGAGGAGGAUUACAACAAUAAAGAAGAAGAAGAAGAAGAAGAAGAAGAAGAAGAAGAAGAAGAAGAAGAAGAAGAAGAAGAAGAAGAAGAAGAAGAAGAAGAAGAAGAAGAAGAAGAAGAAGAAGAAGAAGAAGAAGAAGAAGAAGAAGAAGAAGAAGAAGAAGAAGAAGAAGAAGAAGAAGAAGAAGAAGAAGAAGAAGAAGAAGAAGAAGAAGAAGAAGAAGAAGAAGAAGAAGAAGAAGAAGAAGAAGAAGAAGAAGAAGAAGAAGAAGAAGAAGAAGAAGAAGAAGAAGAAGAAGAAGAAGAAGAAGAAGAAGAAGAAGAAGAAGAAGAAGAAGAAGAAGAAGAAGAAGAAGAAGAAGAAGAAGAAGAAGAAGAAGAAGAAGAAGAAGAAGAAGAAGAAGAAGAAGAAGAAGAAGAAGAAGAAGAAGAAGAAGAAGAAGAAGAAGAAGAAGAAGAAGAAGAAGAAGAAGAAGAAGAAAGAAAGGAGGAGGACGAGGAGGACGAGAAUAAAGAGGAGGAGGAGGAGGAGGAGGAGGAGGAGGAGGAGGAGGAGGAGGAGGAGGAGGAGGAAGAGGAGGAGGAGGAGGAGGAGGAGGAGGAGGAGGAGGAGGAGGAGGAGGAGGAGGAGGAAGGAAGGAAAACAAAAAACAUACGUGCACCAACCAUCACUAGUAUCCUUCAUUUCAAGUCUUUCAGUGCCUAG